CAGCAAGUAUUCGUAUUGGAUUUUAGAGAUGAGGAUUUUAGCACUGGUUCUGGUUCUUACACUGUUUCAGGACCUCCAGUGAAGAAAGCCUGUUCCCGUCUUCGCAACAGCAUCGUCUUAAACGAAGCUACACUACGACGGAAUCCAUCGCCACUUCUUGCAUCUUUAAAGCAGCACCAAUGGCGCGUGCAUGGUCAGAGCUUGUCGCCGUUGAUCUUGGUUUUGCAUGACACGGAGACGGCGGCCGCACGUGCAGGCACAACUUUAGCUGAGCAGGGCUUUUUGAACGUGUUUUUGCUGUCGCAUGGCGGUAAUGUAGAUGCGCUAGUACGGAAUAUUGAGGUCUCGGCGAGACGCGCUUGUGAUCAUUACAACGUCGGAAGACCUGACUACAGUAUUUCUCCACGUCAAGAAGUUGACCAUGCUCGUCAUAUUGCUCCACGUCAAACGAGACGGACGUCAUUAUUGGUGCCGUCAUAG